AUGCAGUUCGGCCUGAAGUCUCAAUUUUCAAUGAGCACGUUAUGGUUGCGGGUAGACUGUUCGGCUUGCCAGUCACGUUAUCACCUGCUAUGGGAAAAACCUUUGUUUGAAGGUCAAAUGUACCAUGUUGGGGGAUUGAGUUAUGUUCUACUAAGCGAGGCCAUUCUACCGGAUGACACGCUAGAGGACAAGACGCUCAAGAUAACGGAUUUCGGACUGGCAAGGGAAGUGUAUAAGACCACGAGGAUGUCAGCUGCGGGGACGUACGCUUGGAUGCCACCUGAGGUAAUCAAACAUUCGACGUUCUCGCAUGCAUCUGAUGUGUGGUCAUACGGUGUGCUGCUAUGGGAGCUCCUUACGGGAGAAACACCAUACAAGGGCAUUGACGCGCUGGCCGUAGCGUACGGAGUCGCCGUCAACAAGCUAACUCUGCCUAUACCUAGCACGUGUCCCGAGCCUUGGAGGGUUCUUAUGGAAGCCUGUUGGCGCUCGAACCCUCGCGAACGGCCACUGUUCCCCGAGAUCCUCGACCAACUCGACUGCAUCAAACAGUCUGAAUUCACGCGCGCGCCCCACGAGUCCUUCCACACCAUGCAGGAUGGCUGGAGGCUGGAGAUCGAAGAAGUGCUUCGGGAUCUACGGAGGAAGGAGAAGGAGCUACGAUGUAGAGAGGAGGAGUUGACCCGUGCCCAGCUGAAACAAAGACUCAUGGAACAGAACCUGGCGCAGAAGGAGCGAGAACUAGAAAUGAGAGAGAUCGACCUGGUGGCCAGGGAGCUUCAUAUACUAAUAUUCGCGAGUAACAUGUCGCACAACCAACCGCCACAGCCCAAUAAACGGAAGGGCAAAUUUAGUAAAAUAAAGCUCUUAAAGAAGGAUACGAUAUCUUCGCCACUGGACUUCCGCCACACGCUGACGGUGCGGCCCUCCGAGGACGAGUCCAGCGUCAAGCAGCUCGUGGCCGUCGCUAAGGACACGCCGCCCGGCUCGCCCGCCAUCAUGCGCGCCAUCGCCCUGCCCGCGGACGGAGUGAAAGGCAAGACGUGGGGCCCGUCCACCGUGCACCAGCGCUCGCGCACGCAGCUGCCGCUCGGCGCGGGCGCGGGCGCGGGCGCGCUGGGCCCGCUCGCCCCCCUCGCCCCGCGCCCGCGCCACGCGCGCUUCUCCAGCUCCGCGCCCGACCUGCCGCCCGCCACGCGCUCCGCCGCAGGUAACAAGCCCGCCGUGCCCCCGCGCCCCGCCCGCCCCGCGCCCUCCGCGCGCUCCGGCUCGCACGACGACCUGCUCGCCGACGGCGCGGAGCCGCGGCGCAACAGGUUCCUCCUGUGCCCCAUGUUCACGUCGGCGGGCGAGCUGCCGCACGAGUACGAGGCGGUGUUCGCGGUGCGCGGGCGCGCCCGACGCCGCCCCCCCCCCGCGCUGCCGCUGCUGCGCCCGCUGCGCUCCAACAGCGUGGGGCUGCUCGCCGCCGACACCGCCGAACUACUUGCGGACGACUAG